AUGGAACAGUCGUACGCACUGAAAGACAAAACUGUUAGACUUUACAACUUACCUGUAGCAUGCCGGCAGCUGACGAUCUUACACCGAUGCAAUAUCCUAGGAAAGUUGAUGAUGCGGAGACCGAAUACCGUCGCUAGAUUAAGGAUGAAUGACAUCGUCCUGAUCGAUAGGAUCAUUUGUAGUCCAAAGAUAUCACGUGAUGCAGAGACGGAAAUUGUGGAAGACGAUAAUAAGUUAAUGAAAGUAAAACUGGCGAAAGAACAGCAACCAACCAACAGAAGUACCAAUUUAGCUGGUGAAACUCAACCAUCCGAUACUCCACCACCAGUAAUGGCAAACCGUAAUGCUGAAUCUAAAAAGUCAAAAAUGAAAGAAUCACCUAGUGCAUCUCAGAAUUUAGCAACGGAUAUACAACUAGUCAUGAAGAUAGAAUGUAUGAUGGUGUGGUGGGUUAGUUGGAGUUUUAUAAAUGGAGCAUAUAAAUAA